AUGGGUUCAGUGAACGACGACGACAUACCUCUCAGAACAAUGAGGGUUUCGUUGAAGAAGAAGUACAAGGUGAUACGGAAGGUGAAAGAGCACAAUAGAAAAAAAGCGAAGGAAGCGAAGAAGCUUAGGCUGAGUGGGAAAAAUAAGGUUGAGAAGGAUCCUUGUAUUCCCAACAAUUGGCCUUUUAAGGAACAGGAACUCAAAGUUCUUGAAGCUCGAAGAACGGAGGCCAUUGAGGAAUUGGAGCAAAAGAAAGCCGAACACAAGGAGAGGGCUCGUAAAAGGAAAUUGGGCUUGCUAGAGGACGAAGAUGACUCUAAGUUGCUAGAGGAUUCUAAUAAAAAUACUAAUGAUUUUGAGAUUAAGAGUAAGAGGGUUUCGUUGAAGAAGAAGUACAAGGUGAUACGGAAGGUGAAAGAGCACAAUAGAAAAAAAGGGAAGGAAGCGACGAAGCUUAGGCUGAGUGGGAAAAAUAAGGUUGAGAAGGAUCCUGGUAUUCCCAACAAUUGGCCUUUUAAGGAACAUGAACUCAAAGCCCUUGAAGCUCGAAGGACGAAGGCCAUUGAGGAAUUGGAGCAAAAGGAAGCCGAACGCAAGGAGAGGUGUAGUCAGAGAGAGAUUAAGAGUAAGAGGGUUUCGUUGAAGAAGAAGUACAAGGUGAUACGGAAGGUGAAAGAGCACAAUAGAAAAAAAGGGAAGGUAGCGAAGAAGCUUAGGCUGAGUGGGAAAAAUAAAGUUGAGAAGGAUCCUGGUAUUCCCAACAAUUGGCCUUUUAAGGAACAUGAACUCAAAGCCCUUGAAGCUCGAAGGACGAAGGCCAUUAAGGAAUUGGAGCAAAAGAAAGCCGAACGCAAGGAGAGGGAACACGAACUCAAAGCCCUUGAAGCUCGAAUGACGAAGGCCAUUGAGGAAUUGGAACAAAAGAAAGCCGAACACAAGGAGAGGGCUCGUAGAAGAAAAUUGGGCUUGCUAGAGGAGGAAUAUGACUCUAAGUUGCUAGAGGAUUCUAAUAAAAAUACUAAUGAUUUUGAUAAUGCUGCAAAGACCAGAGAAAAAAAAGCAAAGGAAGCGAAGAAGCUUAGGCUUAGUGGGAACAAUAAGGUUGAGAAGGAUCCUGGUAUUCCCAACAAUUGGCCUUUUAAGGAACAGGAACUCAAAGUCGUUGAAGCUCGAAGGACGAAGGCCAUUGAGGAAUUCGAGCAAAAGACAGCCGAACGCAAGGAGAGGGCUUGUAGAAGAAAAUUGGGCUUGCUAGAGGAGGAAUAUGACUCUAAGUUGCUAGAGGAUUCUAAUAAAGAUACUAAUGAUUUUGGUAAUGCUGCAAAGACUAGAGAGAGUAAGAGUAAGAGGGUUUCGUUCAAGAAUAAGUACAAGGUGAUACGGAAGGUGAAAGAGCACAACAGAAAAAAAGCGAAGGAAGCGAAGAAGCUUAGGCUGAGUGGGAAAAAUAAGGUUGAGAAGGAUCCUAGUAUUCCCAACAAUUGGCCUUUUAAGGAACAGGAACUCAAAGCCCUUGAGGCUCGAAGAACGAAGGCCAUUGAGGAAUUGGAGCAAAAGAAAGUCGAACACAAGGAGAGGAAAGCACAUCACCUAAAACUCUUCUUCCCCAACUUCAUCUUCUACCUCACGCUGCACCAACCAUGGAGGCUACUCACUGCCAAGUCGCCGGCGACGCGGCCAACAACGGUGCCGGCCUCCAUCAUCGUUCUUCCAGUGACGGCAGCUCCGCCUCUCUCAAAUGCGCGGAGCACCACAGCAUGGCCUCCAUGUUUGCGUCUCUCCUCCGCCUUGUCAACAUCGUGCUACUCCAAUGUUAUCAAGCCAUUGCCGUAG